AUCUUCAUCAGGUGAUGCAACAAUGGCCUUGAGAACAGCAGGAAGUGUGUUUGUGGUCUUUCUCUUGUCAGUGGCAGUCCCCUUUCAUUCAGACCUGCAGGUGAAGGUGUCUGCCUCCACAGAGGAAAAGAAGAGAACACUGACCUGUAGCACCACCUGUCUUCUGACCGACAACCCCAACCCCACCUACAUCUGGUUCAAGAACGGACAACAUCUCCAUGACCCUACUUCCCAACAAUACUCUUUGAACACUCUAGUGGUCGGGCAUUACUCUGCAGACAGUUACUCCUGUACUGUAAAAGGCCAUGAGGAUUUUCUCGCUCCUACAGUAUGUGUUCAUGGUCAGAGAUGUAUGAAUGUGACUUACACCCAUCAGAGUAUCUGUGCCUUGAAGGGGUCAACAGUGGACAUUACCUGUACAUAUAAACAUCCCAGCUGGCAUAACGUCACAGAAGUAUCCUGGUUCAACAAAUGGGAUUCUGGAGUUACUGCAGAUCUAAGCCAGGACCCAGAGUAUGCAGGUCGUGUGAAGUACCUUCCAACUACAGACAAACACUCCACCCUGAGAAUCACAGACCUGAGAGAGAGUGACUCUGCUGAAUACAAGUUUAGAUUUACAAUAACCGAGGUAAAAUGGGGAUACAGCUUCCCUGGAAUAACUCUGAAUGUCACAGACUUGCAGGUGAAGGAGACUCCUGCCACAGAGGAAGGGAAGGUGACACUGACCUGUAGCACCACCUGUACGCUAACUGACAACUCCAACCCCUCCUACAUCUGGUACAAGAACAGACAACGUCUCACCAACCCAAACACCCAAGAUAACUACCUCUCCCUAGACCAAAUCAGCAGUGAGGAUGCAGGCAGCUACUCCUGUGCUGUAAAAGGCUACGAGAAUCUCCGUUCUCCUGUUACAUUUGUUGGGGAACCAAAGUCUUUGAAGAAUCCAGUUGUAGGAAUCAUAGUGGUUUUUCUGUUUCUCAUCAUCUGUCUCUUUGGGUUCAUGUGGUUCAGGAUGAAGGACUCCAAAUCCAUAUUUGACACACAAGACAGGAGAGACACAGUAGAGAAUGGACAGAGAGACUCUAAUCCAGUGUAUGACAACAUCUCAGGCAUGGCCAUGGCCCCUACUGCAGCACAGAGACCGUUCACAGACGAGCAGGAUGACGUUACCUACGCCAGCAUCCAACACAGAAACCAGGAAGUGCCUCUGUACUCCACCGUCCCACCUUCCCAUCCCCAGAAACAGGACCAGGAUUUCCAAUACGCUACUGUGAAAUUCAACAGCCCCAGUACUGCUCAAUAGACAUUGGGUUGGAUUCAAUCCAAUUAUGGAUUAUAGGCAUUGCAGCUUUUAAUGUAAUGCU